UUUUAUCAGAACGCACACGCUGCCACGCUGGCUUGCCCAGCACGUGCGGAAGGAGCGAGGACUGACGGAGAAAGGGGCAACAGCUGCCUUGAAAUAGAAUGCACGCGCUGUCACGCUUGCUGGCGGAGCACAUGUAUAAGAAACGAGGAAUGCCAGAGGAAGGAGUGACAGUUGCCUCGAAAUAUAAUGCAUGCGCUGUCACGCCAGCUGGCGGAGCACGUGCAAGAAGAACGAGGGGUAGCAGCGCACGGAGACAAAAUUGCCUUGAAACAACAUGCCCGCGCUGUCACGCCGGCUGACGGAGCACGUGCGGAAGGAACGAGGAACAACAGAGGCAAGAGGCAGACGGACACAUGGAGAAAAGCACAACAGGGAGAGGAAUCAACGAAACCCACAUGACGUGGCCGCCUGUGGAGUCCCAGGAAAGAGGCCGGGAAACAGGGGCCCUCCCGCGAACCUCGGCAAUAAAAGGUGCCCGGCCACCGCCAGCGCGAUGGAGGAUCCACCCGCCCACGCAUCUCGGCAUCGCAGCACCACCCUGCAAGAGGCAGCGGGAGUAUUUUGUCCCCAUGGACGCCGCCUGCCCCGCAGCCCGCCGGGGGAGCGAAGACUUCGGCCAUGGCGCGGCCCGCCGCUCGACGAGCAGGCGCCCCCCCGUGGCCGCCGUCGGACGCGGCAGGGCGGAGCAGCCGAGGCAGACGGUAGCAAGGGCGAGGGCCAGGGCACAGGAGGGGGAGAGGACAGGCAGGGGAUAGAGAGAGAGAGCCCAGGCAAAACAAUGCUGCGGCUGCCGGGCGCGUGGCUCGUCCGCAGCAGGUCGCCCGCGAAGAGCUGGCAGAACAAACAGCUUGGCCAGCAGAGGGUGGACGAGCCAACAGCCAUCCUCCAUAAGCAAGCCAACACCUUCGCCUCAAAACACUCAUCUUGGGCGCCCGAGUUAUCCGGGGUAACUCGGGUCCGGGGUAACUCGGGUUUGGGUUCCCGAAAAACGAACCCGAGUUACCCUGACCCGAAAUACCCCUGAUGAUUCGGGGCUCUGAUCAUCACAGUCCACCACUGAGCUGCAGUGGCGAGCCGGCCAUGAGGCUAGCCCAAAUGGCUAGUGGGAGACCAAUGUGGCAGGCAUCCUGGCACAAAAUCCGAGGCUGCCCUGCGCCUAGGAGGAUCCGCCACGGAUCCCGCGAAAAAAAACACUGAGGUGAAUGACAAAAAGUUACCUAGUCGGAUUCGCCACUGUGCUCUGGCAUACCAGCAGACGAGCCUCCUCGCCGCUUGAAGCCAGAGCGAUGUGGCAACAGUUCUGCGAGCUGUACUCUUGUCUGGCUCGGGUGGCGGAAGAAAGAAUGGCAGAGCCACAAUCAUAUUCGGAGCGGGGGGUACCCGCCAAGCUCGUCCGAGAUGCCGGAGUCACCGUGGGCGCUGGCUUGGCCGGGCCCUUCAGGCUGGGCCCCGGCAGCUGCGUAUGGCGAGCUGACUCUCUUGCGACUCGGCGCAGAACGUGCACCGCCGAAGACCACUGAACGUCGCCUUGGCCCCUGUCCCCCUUUUCC